AUGACAACGGAGACUGAGAGUUCGCACUUGACACAGUCGUCGUCGUCGUCGUCAUCAUCAUCAUCAUCAUCUUUACCUCCUCCGAAACCUCAAAAUCCAGUCGAUCAUCUGAAAUCCAACGAUUCAUCAACACAAGGUCUUCAAAACGGAAUGGAUUCUAUUCAAAACCUACAUGAGGGAAUGAAUGAUAAAGGAUUUCAGAUUUCGCUUUCUGAUGACUUUUACAGUUGCGUUGUUUUCAACAUAACUAAACUUAAGAAAAUACUACUCAGCUGCUUUAACCUAUACGAACCCGAUAAUAUAGCAAGAGAAGCCAACGAAGAGCUGAGCAAAGCACAAGCUACUACAGAGUCUAACCAUGUUUACCAAUCUAUCCCUUGUGGUGAACAAAUUCAAAGUUUAUCUUCCACUUUUCCGCCUCAGCAGACUGAUGGAGGAUUCGAGGCAUUGAGUAAGAACUUCAAGCAAUGCGAGAUAUGGAAUGGUCCUCAAGGAAACAACAAUCAAGAAGAUCAAAUUGUUAAUACUAUUGAAGGAUCUGCUUACAUGAUCCCCCGCAAGCCCUUUGAUCCUAUCGGAAGACCUUUCAAUCCGUUUGGCCCUAUCGAGCGACCCAUCCCACGUUUGUCCUCUAGUUCUGAACUAGCAGAUUUGGGAUUUGCGUAA